AUGAAUACUGAUGGAGUGUUGUCUUCUCCUGCCCUGGCAGUGGUGCUGAUCGGAGACUCCGGCGUGGGGAAGAGCAACCUCUUAUCCCGUUUCACACGGAAUGAGUUCAACCUGGAGAGCAAAAGCACCAUUGGGGUGGAGUUUGCCACCAGAAGCAUCCAGGUGGAUGGGAAGACGAUAAAGGCCCAGAUCUGGGACACGGCAGGCCAGGAGCGCUAUCGGGCCAUCACCUCUGCCUACUACCGUGGCGCCGUCGGGGCCCUUCUGGUUUACGACAUUGCCAAGCACCUGACGUACGAGAACGUGGAGCGUUGGCUGAAGGAGCUGCGGGAUCACGCCGACAACAACAUUGUCAUCAUGUUGGUGGGAAACAAGAGCGACUUGCGUCACCUGAGAGCGGUACCGACGGACGAGGCCCGGGCUUUCGCAGAAAAAAACAAUCUCUCGUUCAUUGAAACUUCAGCACUCGACUCAACAAAUGUAGAAGAAGCCUUCAAGAACAUCCUUACAGAGAUUUAUCGCAUCGUGUCCCAGAAGCAGAUCGCGGACCGGUCCGCCCACGACGAGUCUCCGGGAAACAACGUGGUGGACAUCAGCGUGCCUCCCACCACCGACGGACAGAAAUCCAAUAAACUCCAGUGCUGCCAGAACCUGUGACCCUCCCUCGGCCGCUGCCUGCCCUUCUCCUCAAGGCCCUGCCCUUCAGCGGGAGACACGUGCGCACUGCUCCUUCCUCGCCCUCCCCCCCCCGACCCCUCUUCCCCCCCCCCCCAACCCUUCUCAAAGAGGGCUAACCUCCCCUUCCCCGUGACUGGUGGUGAAUGUAGUGCGGGGGGGGGGGGGGGGGGGAUGCGGGGUAAGGGGUGUCUUUGAAAUGCCACCACGAGCCAGGAAGUGUUCUCGUGUGUGUGUGUGUGUGUGUGUGUCUGUGUGUGCCUCGUUUAGAGGAACGGGGGGGGGGGGAAGGAUGGUUGCUUGAGGGACCCUCAAGGAAGUGUUGUUGUCGUCUUUCUUUGUGGCCAUUCAGGCACAAAAGAACUCUUUUAAAGCCAAGGAGAAGCCGUUCUUUCCCGGCUUCUGUCCGGUGGGCGUGUCAAGACACCUGCACACUCCCACCUGGGAAGACUCACUGAUGGCUUUGUGACUCGUCUCUCUCUCUCUCUCUCUCUUCCCGGUCUCGUGCCAGUCGGGGUUUUAUUU